AUGUCCAUGUUGUCGUGCCGUGUGUUGUGUUUGUUGGCCAUUGUGCUCUGCUGUGUGGGUGUGACUCAUGCUGCUUCAGGGGUCUCAAUAUUUGUUAAGGAUGCACGAGAUAAGAUUGGGGAGACUUUGAGACUAAAAAAGGAGUGCGAGGAAGCCACUAACGCUGCUCGAGAGGCCGCGAAUGAAGCUCAACGAUUUGCUCUCGACAUUGGGAAGAAACUCAAACUAAUUGCUGCUGACCCAGACGAGGUGAACAAAACGAAGAGUAGAGGUCAUGAACUCAUUGAAAAUGCAGUGAAGGCUUCAAAGAAAGCAGAAGAAGUGCGCGACAAAACUACAGGCAGUAAAACUGCAGCUGAAACCGCAGCCUAUCUUGUUGCAGAACAUGAUCCAGACGUUUUUGCGGCAGCAGAGAACGCAGCUAACGAAGUCGACACAGCGGUAUAUGCUGCAAACGAUGCUAUCAACAGUGCGAAACUUCAUGCUGAAGAAGUGGAGAAUCUCCUGAAGAAACUCGACGACGCACUUGCUGCAGCUGAAAAGAAAGAAAACCAGGUGGAGUCUCAGCCACACCCACAGACAAACGAAACAUCUCUUGGUGAGCAGCAAGGCCAUACAGAAGGAAAUAAAGCGGAGCAA